CUAACGCCUUUCUCUUCCUCCUCCGAAAACCCACCACAACACCACCACCUGCGCCCGCCCACGUCUGCUUUUCGGGACCGGACAAGCACACGCGUUGAUGCUGCUCUCGAAUAGGUUUCAUCCACCACCUCAACUUAGGAGACAUUCGCUUUUCUCUCCACAGCAACCUGCCCGCUUCCUCUUCUUGUUCAGUCUGCCACUGUCGCUGCUGCUCGUCCCUCCGCGCCCUGUCUGCGUUCCGACGAAAACUCGUCUGCCCGAAUUGCACCUCUGCACGACAGAACCUACCUUCAAACCACCCGAUUUGGACUCGCACAGCACGCUGUUUCCCUCUCUUUUCAAUGGCAGCUACGGCUUCAGCGCCGCCUGCUCUCUCUCCAGGGCAGGCGACGCUCGAUCAUGACGACAGUAACAUCUCCAGCCCUCUGAGCGACGUCGAGGACAAGGAUGGCGAGGGCGAAUCGUUGGACGGCAUGCAGCUGGAUCACACUGGGGAAGAUCCUGACGAGGCGCUCGACUCCGACAGCAACCUGUCCGAGGCGAACGAUACCGAGGCAGAGACAGAGCGCCUCUACGACACCCCGCAGGCCCAACGCCACAAGGACGUGGUCGUCAACCAGUUCAAUGACGGCCAGGUCUUCGACCGCACACCAAGCAAGCUCCAAAAGACUUUCUCCAUUGACGCCAUCGACGAUGGUGACGACGAGAGUCUUUCCGACCGUGACGACGUGUCGAUGACUUCCAGCCACUUGGAUGAGGCCUCCCCCAGCAAGCCAAAGAAGUCCACCGAGCUCCCAUCUACCGAAGAUGAUUUCGAGAACGCUGAUUCGAAGAAGAGAAAGCGAUCACCGGUCGCGGAAUCUUCUGAGCCUGGCCAGCCCGCCAGGAAGCGCACCGGGUCGGUCGUGCCACAGGAGCAGGACCGGGACAAGAAUGACGUGGACAUGCACGAGGACGAUGUCCCCUCCACAAUUUCCCAUACCGGCGAUCACUCCGCGACCGAGGACAAUGCCCCCGAACUCCCGCCCACUAAGCGUGGUCUAUCGCGCGACGGUCACAGCCCGGUCAAGGACUCGCAAAUAACGAAAAAGAUAACUCGUAACGGCAGCAGGCGAAAGAGUCACGCCCUAGAGGCCCAUGAGCAUGAGGGUGACGAUGGCGACGGUCGGGACGACAGUCGCGGUGACGAAGACUCGGGACCUCAUGCUGACGACCACAUUGAACACGAGGGCGACGAUGACGCAGAAGCGUCAAAGAACGACGAAGAGUUUGAGAGGAAACGUGCGGCGGUCGAGGAAUGGACUGAUCUAGAAGAGAAGUUUGUAGUCUUUCGUGAGCGGCUGUACAAGGAUCGACUAGAGCGCCUCGAGCAAGAAGAACAGUCUCUGCAAGCCGAGCCACCGAGUCACCCUGAAUACUUGAACAUGAAGCAAUGUUUGGACGAAAGGCUAGACAAGAAGCUCCGAAACAUUGAGAAAGAAUACGAGCUGUCAGUCGAGGCCCUGGAGCGACUGGCAGUAGCGCGUCGGGCCCAAAUCUGGAAUCAGUUCUACCAGGGAGCUCGAGAGUCACGCUCUAAAAUGCUUGAACACCUUAACAAGGAAUGGUACGAGACACAGAACGCCAGGCGCAGUGCACAUAGCGUACCCGACUACGGUCUUCUGUUCCCCGCCAACCCCACGCAACGCACAAGAAACGCGGUCGCGUACAACUCGGAGGUUUCUUUCUUGGCCGGGCUCGCCAAGCACGAGGGAUUUCCCGCAGUGCCGCCCAUGCGAGGUGCGAAUGGGUCAGAGAUCGAAGACGAUCUGGAGGCCAUGAAGCGCACUUCAAAGUCGCGUCAGCGAUCGAUAAUGCAGCCAAUUGAGGACUACCAGGCGGUUGCCUUCGGGGGAAACCUUGGUCCUGCUGGUGAGCAGUUCAUCAAAGAUACCCCAUGGGCCAACCCAAACCAUAUUGCACAUAAGAUCGUCACGGCGCCCGCAGCGCCUGGGGCCCAUGUGAAAAGUCCAGCAACGCAAGGAGGCAAAGCAGUGGCAGGCCCAUCCCACGCUCAGCCGAUACCGGCCAUCACAAACGGUCACGCAGCCGCGCACACAUCGCCGCAAAUGAACCGGUUUACUUCGGCGUCACCCGAGAUGGUCCGAACAGCCAACGUUUUGGCUCAAAGCGCCCAGAUGAAGCGUGCGGGGAGUCGCACAUCGAAAGCUGCGAAAGACACGGCUCCCAAACAAGAGCCAGCGUCGGCGAUGGCAAGUUAGGGCGGCAUCACCUGAAGGCUGACGGCGUUUUCGAGGCUCACUGUACUGUUAUGAUACCCCACGACGACUAAGGCGACCCGCCCUUGUUUUUUCCGUUUUUCUGUUCUUCUUUUCCUCCCCUUUCUUAUCUACUACCUAGAUACGUUGGCGCAUCGACGUGAUAUCACGACGGUCAUUAUUUGUCUGGGUCCCCAUAGAGUUAAGAAGGGCCCCUCAUCACAAGAUGGGAUGUCUGGAGUGGAAAAAGGGAGUUACUUUUGCAUUGGGAUGGACAGGUCAACUCCUGUAAUGAGACAUGUACAGAAUUGCUGAUGGAGAAUUUGGUGAUUUUACAUUGUUGCAAACGGCGCAGGAAGCGAGUUGAACCUCGCUUAUAUACAUAUAUAUUCUACAACGCAACUGCAUGCUCGCA